ACUUUUUCCUCAAUAAUGGCAGGCGACAAUUGUAGUUCCUCUCAUGUUUCGGACAUUACAUCUUCGUCUCCUCCAAUGUUCGAAAUCGAGCUAAGGACAACGUUUAUCAUAGUGGAGAGAAACGGCGGCGUUAACGGUGAAGUUCCCAUGGAGGUGGGGAGGAUUAUUUCUCACGUCAUCCACGAUUUCCCUUUGGAAGAUCUGAUUAACGAUGGGAACGGCGCCGUUUUGGACAUGUUCAACUCGAUGCGCAUCCCGGUUCAGCCGUCGAAGGUUGAAAAAAUAGCGGCCUCCGCGGUUCGGUUGGCGGUGGCUGCGAGGGAUGGAGGGUGCAAAGUUUUGAGAAUGCGGGUGCAGGUUGAGGCGGUUGUCGACGAGGUGCCUGACUUUGGGAACGAUGAUGAAACAGAUGAUGAAAAUGAAGAGGAAGAGGCCGAGGCGACAACGAAGGCGGCGGUGGCGGAGAAUCUGGUGAAAGUGAUGGUUGAAGGGUCGGGAAAGGAUUGUCCGAUAUGUUUGGAAGAGUUGGAGGUGGGUUCGGAAGGUGUGUGCAUGCCUUGCUUGCAUGUUUUUCAUGAUCAUUGCAUUGUGGCUUGGCUCCACAAAAAGAAGCACUGUCCUUGUUGUCGUUUUAAGUUGUCUUAGG